UGGUUAGUAGUGCCCGUGUCGUGGUGGUGGUGAUUCCUCCUCCUAUUGCUCCUCAUUUUGAGUGUUCACACUGCAUUGUACAUUUUGUGCUCAACCUUCCCACUAUACCAGUACUGGUGUUCCAGGAGUGUUAAGACUGCGUUAAACUUUAUUGUACCUGUGCUUGUGGUUCCAGAAAAGUUCAUACUGCUUUCAACCUGUAAGCUGAACCUUCCUGCACUGAGAGUACCUGUGGAUGUUGUAAAUAACUAAAGUGUUAAAACUAACUGUAUUGUGGAUGUUAGCGGUGAAUGGUUGUGUCGCAGAUACCUGGCGGGAUUAAUCCUCUCACCACGGGUGGAGUGAGGUCUGUUACAGCACCAGCAACCUUGAGCAACCAGCACACCUCUUUAACAAGUUUAAGGACACUAACUCAUGAAAAAGUGAUACGGAAAUAAGCUUAUCGUUACACCACUAUAUUGAUCGUUGUAGCCCCGUCAGCUCUACCUGACAUACCUGAAUAAUAAUGGGAGGAAGAAGAUAGUGGUGGCCGACAGUGAAGAUUCUGGAGACCAGGACCAGUAGUUUCCACGUGUGUUGCGCCUCAACACACACACACACACACACACACACACACACACCAGAGGAGGAUGGAGCGUUUAGUUCGGUGUGUGACCUUGGUGUUGCUGGCGUCUCUCCUGGCCGGCCUGGCUAGUAGUGCCAAAUGUGUUAAUAAGACCAGUAGCGGAAUAUUGUCUCGGAAAAAGAGGUUGAUCUUCCUCUCAUCAGAGCGACGUCUAACGCUACCACCGACCACCCUGCUGGUGCUGACGCCCACACUCAGCAUCCCCCUCGCCAGAAACCUCCCCACAGGUUACGGUGCCUCUAUGACCAUCUCCAUUCCCUUCAAGAUUGCAUUUGAUGAUCUUGGUUUGACCUCGGAAGAAAAUCCUUUUGGAUUUAUCCCAACCUUCGGACUGUUUAGGAAGAAGCGUGAGGCUUUUUCUACUCUUCCCGGCAUCAACUGGGCUGGUGGAGACAGAGAAAUGAUGUACCAGGUAGUGGAAGACACACUGAACAACAUGGGACUAAAUGGAAAGGCUUGUCUCCUGAGGGCCAUGUGUGAAGUGUUCCAGGUUCCAUUAAUUAACCAUGGUUUCGUCGGCGAAGUUAUGGAACUGUUCUUAAGUGCUGGUCGUUCCCCCCAUGCCGAUAAGAGGCUGGGUGAGUACACGCUUGCAGAGAAGAUUGGGAGGACUGUAGGGGACUGUUCUGACUAUCAUUACGAAUGCCCGCACUCGUUAUUCACCAACCCAGGACAGACAAAGUGGACAGACGCUGAGCAUUAUAUGGAUGACAGUGAGGAGGAACCCAGUGAUGAGGUAGAGGAAGAACCCAUGGAAAAGAACACAAUGAAAGACGAGUCCUCUUCAAAAUCUAACAGUAAAAAGGCAACCAUGAAAACCAAAAAUAUAAGAAAAACGACUGAGGAAUAUUGUGAUUAAUCUUCAGCAAAUGUACAAAGCAAAUAAAGACGGCAUUCUCUGAUUCAUUGUCUUGAAUUUUCAGUUAUUACUCAAAGGUGAUAUUUAUGAUAGAUUCAGUAAUAUCGUGUGAAAUUUAAGUUGUGAAUCAGUGACGAGACAGAAUCCUGUUUUUGCAUGCAUUAUGCCGGUUUCAGUAUUUCUGUGAUGUGAAUAUGCUGAUACAAGAUUGUUAGGAAAUGUGUCUGUCUACAUAUUUAGUUUCUGCUUCAGUAGUUUAAUUACGCAGGGCCAAGUUAACCCUGUGCAGUUUGCUAGAAUUGCCAAAAUGAAGAACUAAAUAGAGGUCGACUUCUUUUGAAUUAAUAAUUGCAGUGGAUUGUAUGGUUGGGGAAACUGUUGUUGUUGUUUUUUUGUUUUUUUCAUUUCCUUCACAAUAUUAUCUUGAUUUAUUAUUGUAGAAUGAGAAACUGUAGAUAUACAGUAUGAAAUUCCAUACCCGUACAGUCAAAACUAGCAAAUGCUAUAUUUCUUCCUAAUAGUUUAAUCAACAUUUCAGUGAAUUGCUGCACAAACAGAUAUGCUGUACAUGUCAGUAAAUUGCUGCGGGAUGAUUCUGCAUAUUAGUGAAGUAUAUAGUAUAUAGAUGUAUAUGUCAAAACAAGCCUGCAUAUACGUAUGAGUGUCAGUAAUUUUCUGUGCAGUAUAAACAAAUGCGCAUAUCAGUUUAUUGUUGCAUAAACAAAUGUACUCAUCAGUGAAUUGCUACAUCUACAGUACAGUAUCUGCCCUACUGAGUACAGUUCAUCACGUUUAUGGAUAUGCAAACUUUUUUCUGUAAAUAGUAAUGUACAAUUAAUGAAGAAAUUUGAUUCAUAUACGAAUGUGCAAUUAUUAUCUGUAACCAAAAUUUCGGUGUUAAAAGAUCAAUAGGACGUAUCAGGUUUUUCAAGUUUGUCUUAUUGAGUUUUGUUUUAGCAAAAACUUUAAUGUCUCAGGAAUUCUCCAACUGACUUUUAAAACAGACACAUUUUCCAGGGUAUUAGAGUUUAUGGUGGCAUUUUUUACUUACAAGUCUUGGGCAUCUUAUUUAUUGAAUGUUGUAUUGUAUAGAAAAAUGUAAGUUGAUUGCUGAGAGACACAGAUAAGUUGGCAUUCUUAUUGUUGUGCUUUGUUUUAAUCACACUUACCACUGUGUUGUCAUUGAUUUUAAAGUUUAUUAUUUAUACGCGUGGUAGUUAACUGUGUGUGGUAAUUCUUUGUCUUUUUUGUGACUUGAAAAUUGAGUUAUUUUUGUGAGAGAUCAGAAAUAUUAUCAUAGUUCCAGAACUAUGUCAUGUUGUAAUCAUUUUAGAUUGCUUUACAGGAUUUUUUGCACCAUCUCUGAAAAUAUUAUACAAUAUUUUUGUUAAGUUUUCUGUCAAGGAGUUUUUUAUUUUACCUCUUUAGCAAGAGGUUGUUGAUGUUUGUAUUUAUGAUUUAGUUUAAGUAUUUAUAAAUAAUAAAUUAUGUUGAUAGAAGAGGUUGAAGAAGAUAUGUUUGUAUCUUUUAUACACGACUUAUCAGUUGUUUUUUUUUGCAGUAUAUAUCAAAAGAAUAUAUCAAACUUAAUUUUUGUCACAGUGCCAUACAAGAUAAUCAAUUUUCUGAAUUGUGUAAAUGUGAGUUUGUGUACAUCUAAUGAUAACUAUAUUGGCCAGAUCCAAGAAAUUGUACAAAAGUAUCAAUAUUGAGUUAGAGGCAUAUUAAUGGCCGAGACGGAUGUGCUGUACAAAUAGAAUAAAACAAACUUCAUUGAAA